AUGCAGUUGAAUGCCAGUAAAACCAAAGCAAUGAGAAUUGCUCCUAGUAAAAAGAAUGUUGGUAAUACUAGUUACAUGAUAGAUGAGGUAAUUGAACAGGUCAGUUGUAUCAAGUGUGGGAGGGAAGGCCUGUGGGCCAUUACGUUGACCUAUUCCCUACCCAGGCUACCUGGUUGGGAUUCAGACUUCAAUAGUACUAAUGGCUUUGAAGUAUUACUCAAACGGAUGAAAGAUGGGAGAGAGAUGUGCAAGGCACUGGAAACUUUAUUAAAAGAGAGAGCAAAGGCAGAAGAUACAUUUGGGCGAUCUCUUCAGAGAAUGGCAAAGAAUGCUGCAGGAAAGGAAGAAAUUGGUGGUCUUCGGAAGUCCUGGGAUGAACUGUUGUCACAGACAGAAGCCAUGGGAAACUCACACAUUCAGCUGAGUAUGAGGAUGAUGGAAGAAGCUAAGAAGAUUGAAGACUUCAGAGAAUCACAAAAAGAGAGAAGAAAGAAACCAGAAGAGAAUACCAAGAAGGCUCAGGUUCUUAAGAAGGAAUGGUUCAAUAAAGUAACACAGGCCAAGAAGACAUAUGAAAAUAGAAAACGAGAGCUAGACAUUGCUGAUGAAAACUACAUGAAACAGAGAUUGGUUUUAGCACCUAAAGAAGUAGACAAGCUCACUGUGAAGAAAGAAAAAUGUCUAGCAGCAGUAGAACAAGCAGAUGCCCAGUACCAUGCAUCAGUCAAAACUCUUGAUGAUGCCAGGAAUGACUGGGAGAAACAAAUGGAAGAGACAUGUAUAAUUCUACAAGCCAUGGAGGAAGAGAGGAUAAAGUUCUUACGUAACUCAAUGUGGGUCCAUACCAACAUGCUUUCACUACACUGCGUAGAGGAUGAUCAGCAUUGUGAGGAGAGCAGGAAGAUCUUAGAGCAGUGUUCAGAAGAGAAUGAUAUCAGAUUAUUUGUUGCCCAGAAAAGGACAGGGAGCAGCAGGCCUGCACCCAUUGAAGUAGAAGGCAACUGGAAUAUUGCUAAAUCAACCAUGUCUAAUGGAAAAACAAUGCCUUCGCCAACAUCGGAUGCCAAUCGGAGACGAGACCCUCACACAGCAUUGCCAUCUAUUCCUAGUAACACACCAAACCCACUCAUCAAUGGGGCACGCAGGUCAUUGCCUAGGCAACCAGAAAACGAGCAUUUCCAAGCGCUGCAACACACAUUAAGGUCAUCUGACCCUCUUUAUGCAGCAGUGGAAUCUCCUCCCCAAUCUAAUCAGGCCUCUAAAUAUGUUCGGGUGCGUUAUGAUUAUAAAGCACAGAGUGAUGUAAAGGAUUCAUGGGACAGUCAGAGUUAAAUCUUUCCGUUGGUCAAAUACUGAGAAUACUUAAUACAGAUGACACAAACUGGUGGUUAGCUGAAUAUGAAGGACAGACAGGACACAUC